AAGCAAUCAGGAGACUGGUGAAGUGAGAGAACACUGGAGUGGUGAGGUAAUAGGAGUCAAGUGUCACUUAUGGUAUGAUUUCCAUGGGAGCUGGAGACAGCCUUUAAAAGUAUCUCAUUUGAAGGGGAAAUUAACAAUGCUAUUUGCCACCAGUCUUAUAAUAGGAAAAAUGAGCACAAGAGUUUGCUGGAUCUGUAAAAGAGGAAGAAAAAGAUCCAAUGGGAUCUCUUCAAACCUUACUCUAGAAGAAGUGUUCCAGUGGGCUGAGUCUUUUGAAAAACUUAUGGCAACAAAAUAUGGUCCAAUAAUCUAUGCAGCAUACUUAAAAAUGGAGCACAGUGAGGAGAAUAUGAAAUUCUGGAUGGCAUGUGAGACAUACAAAAAAAGUGCAUCACGAUUUAUCAGAAUCUCUAAGGCCAAGAAGCUUUACAAGACUUAUAUUCAACCUCAGUCCCCUAGAGAGAUUAAUAUUGACAGCCCCACCAGAGAAGCCAUCAUUAAAAACAUUCAAGAACCCACACAGAAUUGUUUUGAUGAAGCUCAAAAAAUUGUAUACUUGCACAUGGAGAGAGAUUCCUACCCCAGAUUCCUAAGGUCAGAAUUAUACCAAAACCUCAUCGAAAGUCUGCAGUUGGACAGCCACACCUGAAAAGCAAAAUGUCAUUUCAGAAACUGAAUAUGGGAAAUAGAAAGCACUUUCUUUGUUCUGUUAACACCCUCUACACAACAAAAUUAACAGAGGAAAGUGAAUAAAGGAUGAAUUUGUAGCUUUCAAAUAGGCAAUCUGCAAACUUUAGAAAUAAAAGACAAAUCCAGUAUAAUGUUAUUAUCAUAUCAAAUAGAUUAUAACACAGAGAAAAUCAUGUACCUACCUCCCAGGGAUGUUGUAAAGAUAAAAUAAGAUUUUUGUAAAGUACUUUGCAAACCCUUAAGUACUAUAUAAAUGCUAGCUAGCUAAUGUUUGAUUUAAUAAUUUAUAUUUAAGGCAGGUGUUAGAAUUAUCUCCAUAACACCAACAUUAAAGAGAUUCUACUAGAGUGACCAAAUCUAAGCUUUUCAAAUUUAUCUAUAGAUCAUGUUCCUGGAAAACACACACACACACACACACACACACACUCUUCAGGACUUCAAAAGUUGUACUUAGAUGAAGACUAGCUCUAAAGUAAAUUAUGUACUAUAAAGAAAAUAUUCUUUAAUAAAUUUGCUUAAUGAAAUACGUUUGUAAAAACCAAGCACAAAUUAAAGCCUUAGUAACAAUAACAAAGGUGUGGUCCUAGAAACUAUGUUACUUGAAUAGUAUCUCAUGUAUGUAUUUUGCAUGCAUACUUUUCCAUUGCUUUGUAGCUUACUAAGCUUCAACCAUUGGUACGUUGCUUACACUGCAUGUACAACAUGUAUUAUGUUUCCUAGUUGCAUAACUAAGGGAUUUUUUCUAUUUAUACUAGAAUACAUUUUAAAUAUGAAAAAAUAUGUCCUAUUUUGGGAUUUUUAAAAAAUAAUGAUAUGAAUGUAUCAGGCCAGACUCUAAUAUAUGAAUGGUUCUCUGAUCUUAUUGAUAUAAAUAGUGCCUUCUCCUCUCCCUCUCUCCUCUAGACAGACUAUAGUGCUUUCAUCCCAAGGCUUACCCCAUGCAAUUAUUAUCCUACUUUUUGUAACAUAUAGAUGGAUAAAUUAAACAAUAUUCUAAUGA